AUGCAGCUUACUACACUAUUUACCAUUGUCAUGGUUACUUUGUCGGGCUUUGCUUUGGCUGCCCCAACUCCAGCUGGGUCCAAGGCCUCCUCGAUUAAAAAGCUAUCGACCUUGAAACUCGGCAAAGCCGGCUCUGCAAAGAGAGAUAUUGAGGACUAA